GUUAGUUAUCAUCACAACUUCCACUGUCUAAAAGCCACUGGUUUUUUGCAGCUCUGUUUUGUCUGAAAAAGAUGCCCACUUUGAAUCUCUUCACGAACAUACCAGUCGACGCCGUCACAUGCUCGGACAUCCUCAAGGACGCUACUAAGGCCGUUGCUAAGAUCAUCGGCAAACCUGAAUCCUAUGUGAUGAUACUGCUUAACAGCGGAGUGCCUAUUGCAUUUGCUGGUACCGAGGAACCUGCUGCAUAUGGAGAAUUGAUAUCUAUUGGAGGAUUAGGAGCAGGGGUGAAUGGGAAGCUUAGCGAGACCAUAGCUGAGAUUCUCCAAGUUAAGCUCUCUAUUGAUAGCUCUCGCUUUUACAUCAAAUUCUACGAUUCCCCACGACCCUUCUUUGGAUUCAAUGGAUCAACUUUCUGAACACCACGGAUUCAAACGUUGGCCAGGAGGCAGAGAAUUCAGCUUCCUAAUGGAAUUAGGAUGAAAAUUGUUUGCAUCUUUUGAGUUCAGAAGCUGUAGAUUCUUGAGCUUGAUUUAUAAUAUGAUACUUCCCUUAAAAGGUAAUCUAAUAUCUUCAUGUUCAUAUUGUUUUAUGGGACUAGUUACUACUUCUGAUGUGAUCUUAUUACCAGCAAGUUCUCAGGUCUUGUCUUUGGUUUAAAUAAGAAACCAAACUUGACAAGUUCAUUAUUUGAGAUGAAUAUCCUCGGCCCUGGUCCUUGCCAGUGAAGAAACGUCUACAUAAAUAAUAUAUAUACACCAUUGGUGACUUGUAAGUCAA